AUGUUCAUAAACCAAGUGAGUCUCUGUUUUGCAAGCUGCCUUUCUGUGUUCUACUGUGUGAAGAUUGCCACUUUCAACCAAUCCCUCUUCAGCUGCUUAAAAUUGAAAAUCUCCAAACUGGUGCCAUGGCUGCUUUGGGGCUCUGUGCUUUACUGCUUGGUUACCACAGUUGCUUUUACAUUGUUCAGCUAUUCCUAUUGCGUAUCCUCUCACAACUCCACAGAUCGUCUAUCAACAAAUAGCACGAUGUCAGACAAUAUAAAUAACCUUUUGGAGUUCACUUUUCUGAUACACAGUGUAGGAUCUAUUUUCCCCCUUAUCUUAUUUAUUGCUUCAUCUGUUCUGUUAAUCAUAUCCCUUUGGAGACACAUCAGGAAAAUGAACCUUAAUUCAGACCUUAAUCCAAAUUUCAGGAACCCCAGCACGGAUGCCCAUAUGCGUGCUCUUAAAUCUGUGGUGUCCUUUUUCAUCUUCUACAAUAUUUAUUAUGUGGUUUCAACCAUCCCAAUAGGAAACCCAUCCUAUUUCAAUGAUGAAUGGAAAUAUAUGGUGUGUAUAUUUAUAGCUGCUGCCUACCCUUCUGUAUACUCCAUUAUCUUGAUUCUGGGCAACCCCAAAUUAAAACUGGCCUCAGCAAAAAUUCUGCAUUCUGCCAAUUCCUGUUUCAGAAAGGUUACUUCAUAA